AGGUCACCUGGCUAGCAAAUGGUGGCUAGGCUCCACAGCCGGCCCUCAUCUUAGCACGAGCUCUGUGCGUUCCCAGGAGGUGGCGUGGGAGUAGUUUCUGCUUAUGCGGCGCUUCUGGUUUUUAACGAAUAGAAGGAAAUUGAGGAGACAAAUGGCAUGGUGGCUUUUAGGAGGUUUGAAAACCACCCAGAGCUCUCGGAAUCAGCCGGUUCAGAUCUCCUGCUCCAUCAAGUUCUACUGUGGGAAAGGUCGUCUGUGCAGGACCUGUCCCUGCUCUGCCACACGAGUCCGUCAGAAUGGAGUUUCAGUUUCCUGGAGGCCAUCUAUGGAGUUUCCAGGGAACUUGUACCGGGGAGAAGGCAUCGUGCAUGCCACGCCAGAAAAGGUGUGGGCCUGUGUCAAGCCUCUUGCUGGGACCCUUCGAGACAAGUGGGAUGAGAAUGUGAGCAGCUUUGAAAUUAUCGAAAGCCUCACUGAUAUGCUGUGCGUGAGCAGGACCGCCAGCCCCCCGGCCGCCAUGAAGCUCAUCUCCCCCAGAGACUUUGUGGACUUGGUGCUCGUCAAGAAGUACGAGGACGGGAGCCUCAGUUCCAAUGCCUCCCAAAAGCUGCAGCCCCUGCCAUUCCUCCGCAUCUUCACGUGGGGACAGAUGGUGGAUUGGAGGGGGUGCCUCCCUCCUGCCCCCAACCGUGGAGCACCGUGGAACGUUCUCCCUGAGAUGCCGGCAGACUUGGGAAGCCGUGAACGUGUCUGUCCGCACGUGUGCAAGUCUGUCCACGUGGAGCACCCGUUGUGUCCCCCGGAGCCAGGUUUCGUGCGAGGGUUUAACCACCCCUGCGGUUGCUUCUGUGAGCCUCUGCCAGGGGAGCCCGACAAGACCAACCUGGUCACGUUCUUCCAGACCGACCUCAGCGGCUACCUCCCUCGGAGCGUGGUGGACUCCUUCUUCCCCCGCAGCAUGGCUGGCUUCUAUGCCAACCUGGAGAAAGCCGUGAAGACCUUGUGUGACUGACGUUCUCACCUCCUGGCCGAGGACUCCUGUGACUCAUCACAGAGCUCCCGGGGUACUGGGAGCUCGAGGGCCAGUUUUCACCCUUUGGGACCCUCCUGGGGACAGCUCAUCUCCGAGAAGCCGGCCAGAAUGGCCCCUGCCGCCCCACUCCUCCUCCUCCCCCUUGGGGCUGGCUUGGGGGAGCCUCUCCUGUGCCCUGUCUGCUGGUUGCCCGCACCCCUCCAGCCAGCAGACCCCAGGGGAUGCGGUCUGCCCAAAGCCUGUCUGUGCCAGUCACCGCCAGAGACAGCAUGCCCCCGUCAGCGAGAUUCCCCAUUGACACGGAAAGCCCCGCUCUGCUGCCUCGUUGGUACCCAGUGCCCUCCCACCUGGGAACACUGCACCAGACGUUCCCCCUUAAAAAGAUAACGGCUUGGAAAAUAGUGUUUUCACAAAUGAGAUAAGCAUUGAGGAAAAAUACAUUCACUAUUUCUUUUUGUUGUAUCUUC